ACCUGUCGAAAUCGUAUUUCAGCAGGUUCGCCACCGAGAUGCCAGCUGUGUUGUAGCACACAAAUGCAAUGUUCUUUGCCGCAUGGUUAUCACGGAGAAAGCGUGACCACACAUAUCCGACGUGCUCAUCGGGGGUCUCGUUACCGCGAAUCUCGGUAGUCUUCCCAAGCGACUCAAUGUUUGCAUAGGUCUCGGGCUGCCCGUCUGCCGCAACAAUGUUCUCAUUUGGGUUCAUGACCAGCACGCCAUACCCCUGGGCAUGCAGCGCCUGGAUGUACGGGAUCAGGCUGCCAGCGCGCAGCCCUUCUUUUACCAGCACGUUCCACGCCCAGACCCCCGGGCGCGGGCCAUGGCCAGUGCAGAGGACCACCAGAUUGGCGCACUCGAGGGCGCCGGGUGUGAUAAAAAUACUGGUGUGCGCAAGCGAUUCUUCGGGCACGGCGAUCGCCUGCAUACCGAUUUCGUCGCUGGUAAGCAGCUCAGUGACAUGGCGGGAGGCGGCAUCUGCGAGCAUGUUGUAGAGCUUGAGGUUGCGUUUCUUGUUGCCUGGGUAUACCUCAAAUUCGUAGCGCCCGCCGGUGGUGGUGUUGAGCAGAGUGCCGUUGGUCGAGUCAAAGGCAUAGCCGAGCUCGGAGAGCGUCAGCCGUGCAUGUGUGACAGAUGCAGAUAUAUGGGGGCGAAUAAACAUGGUAAGGUGUUGCUUAUUGGGAAUGCAUUGAAGGCAUGGGCUGGUGGCGAAAAAAGACCAGGGACAUAAAUGGGAUGGAAGCAAUUGAGAUAAAUGGGACAAAAGAAAAACAAAGCAGGUGUCAGUAGAAAAGCUAGUCCUUCUUCUUGGUCUCCGACUGCGGGAUACGCAUGCUGACCGACCCAUCCUCGUUGCCGAACCACGCUUCGCAUGCCAUCCGGCUGAACACGCCAACCUCGACGACGCCAGGAACCAUCUU